CACCACCGCCAAAAUCGCAAUCCCACUUGCACACCCUCCUACAGCGCAAAACUGCACCGCACACACCACCGACCACCAUCCCACCUCCGAAAAACCCACCACUAAGCGCUGUGGCACCCUCCCAAAGCUUCCACCGACGCUGCAAGAGAAAAAAAAACAGGUGAAAAAUCUCCACCAGCACCAACCCAGGCCAUCUCUUACAGGGGGUUUCCCGCCUCGACCUGCCCAAGAAAAAAAAAAUAAUACGGACAAGGCUUUGGCCGCCGUGUGGUGCCCCUCCAUCCUGCGUUUUUCACCAGCCCAGCCAACUCCGCACCACCCAAACUAGUGUUUUUUCGUUGGCCCCUCUAUUAUAUUUACAGAUUCUGCAAACCCUCCCCCCCGCCAAGACGGUCUUCUUCUUCACCUUGCAAACCCAAAACUCUCUCCUCCCAAUACAUCGCCAUCGUCACCCCUCCUUCGCCCCUUUGGUCAGCCUUGCAACGGCCCCCCUCGGCUCACUAACGUGCAGAUCGACAAACCAGGCUUGCCAAUUGAACCUCUCAGCCCGCACCAAACAAUCAAUCGCCCAUCGGCCCCUCGCUUUGACGAUCCCGCCAUCCCAGCUGCCUGCCCAACAUGGCGGCCCAUCCUACUCUCAAGGAGACGUACGCAGCCCGAGCUGCUACGGCCUCGCAUCCCCUCAACCGCUAUCUUUUCCAGCUCAUGGACUUGAAGGCGUCUAACCUCUGUCUCAGCGCCGACGUCGCCACAGCACGCGAGCUGCUCUACUUUGCCGACAAGAUUGGCCCCUACAUUGUCGUUCUCAAGACACACCACGACAUGAUUGCCGGCUGGGACUUCCAUCCCGAACACGGCACGGGUGCCAAGCUUGCCUCGCUCGCCAGACGACACGGAUUCCUCAUCUUUGAGGACCGCAAAUUCGGCGACAUUGGCAACACGGUCGAACUGCAAUACACAUCUGGCUCGGCCCGCAUCAUUGAAUGGGCUCACAUUGUCAACGUCAACAUGGUCCCCGGCAAGGCCUCCGUCACCUCGCUAGCCGAUGCUGCCAAGCGCUGGCUCGAUCGCUACCCUUGCGAGGUUCGCACCUCUGUCACAGUUGGUACACCAACGAUUGGCCACUUUGACACAGACGACGAGGACGAGGCGCCUGCUAAGAAGGAGGCCGAGAUGGAAACUAGCGCCGACAAUGCAGAUGCACCGCACCCGCCUCCAAACCGUCGCGAAGACGGCCGUAAGGGCAGCAUUGUCUCGGUCACAACAGUGACACAACGCUACGAGUCAGCCAUGUCACCGCGCUUCAAUAAGAGCAUCAGCGAAGGCGACGAGGUGCUCUUCCCUGGCAUCGAUGAGGCCCCCAUUGAGCGUGGUCUCUUGAUCCUCGCCCAAAUGUCCAGCAAGGGCAACUUUAUGAACGCCGAAUACACGGCUGCCUGUGUCGAGGCCGCCCGCGAACACAAGAGCUUUGUCAUGGGCUUCAUUUCACAAGAGGCCCUCAACACCCAGGCCGACGACGACUUUAUCCACAUGACGCCAGGCUGCCAGUUGCCUCCGGCCGGCGAAAAGGCCAACGGCGUCCUCGAGGGCGACGGCAAGGGCCAGCAGUACAACACGCCGCAGAAGCUUGUUGGCGAGAUGGGCACCGAUAUUGCCAUUGUUGGUCGUGGUAUCCUCAAGGCCAGCGAUCCUGUCGAAGAGGCCGAGCGCUAUCGAUCCGCUGCCUGGAAGGCCUACAUUGAGCGCCUGAGGUAGUGUGGGCGUCCCCGAAAACCCUUGAAGUGCAUACGGGCGCGCCGAGUGUUUGAAGUAUGGAUGUUGAUAUUGCUGUUGUUGUUAGUCGUCUUUUGGCGGACGGCGAGGAUAAAAAGCAUACCCGUUUUGGAGUCCCCGCAACGUUUUCCUUUUCCUUUCGGAUCCCAGUUUGGUUUCUGUCGUAUUUCGCGUGAUGGAUUUCUUUUGUCCAUUUUUGGGGGAAUAUUCUUUUUGCAUAACCGCCUUCAUCUUCUUUCCCGAGAUGAAUUUCAGUGUCAGUCAACUAUAACUUGCUUGGCUGACUACAAACAUACCUACCUAUCUACCUAUUUGCCCGGCUUAGUCUUUUUUGGAUCUAUAUGGCCUGUUGGGUCUGGCCUCUAUUGCUGCGGUUACUUUCUUGAUGCCGAUACGAGUUUUUCUUAUUACUGUCGAUUCAAACAAUGAAUGCCUAUGUGUUCCUCUUGUCCUUUUUUAUUAUUUCGGCUCGUCCUCUCACAAUGUGCUUGAGAUCUGUUGGCUGCUAUAGUUGAUAGUGUGUGUGCAGCUUGCAUAAUGGCGUUUUCCUGCUUUGCUGGGUUGUCUUACACGGAGCGCCUCUAUCGAAUCUCAGCGUUGUUUGUUUGAUAAAACCUCUAGCUAUAUAUUGUAAUGAUAGCUAUUUGAUCACUAUUAUUUCACAGUUCUUUUUUUU